GCAGUCUGAAUCAGACUCAGACUGGACGACAGAUUCAGAAACAUGAUGAAAGUAGUGUUGGUGUUUCUGUCGGUCUGGAUAUGGACGAGCUCUGCGGUGGUCAGGGUCCCUCUCAAGCGGGUACCCACCAUUCGUUCCCAUCUGAGGGCCAACGGAUUGCUGAAGGACUUCCUGAAGGAUCACCGUCCUGACAUGUUCAACCGGCGCUACGCUCAGUGUUUUCCACCCGGGACUCCAUCACUGAGACUCGGACGCUCCAGCGAGAAGCUUUACAACUUCAUGGAUGCUCAGUAUUACGGUGAUAUCAGUUUGGGGAACCCUGAGCAGAACUUCUCUGUGAUUUUUGACACCGGCUCAGCUGACCUCUGGGUGCCGUCGUCCUACUGCGUCAGCCAGGCCUGCGCACUGCACAAGCGUUUUAGGGCUUUUGAGUCAACCUCAUUCCAUCAUGAUGGUCGGAUGUUUGGGAUUCACUAUGGAUCAGGACACCUGCUGGGAGUCAUGGCCAGAGACACGCUGAAGGUUGGGAGUCUGAUCACUCAGAAUCAGGAGUUCGGGGAGUCAGUCUAUGAGCCCGGUGCUGCAUUUGUCAUGGCCAAGUUUGAUGGUGUACUAGGGAUGGGUUACCCUUCCCUGGCUGAGAUCCUAGGAAACCCUGUUUUUGACAACAUGAUGGCGCAGAAGGUGGUGGACGAGCCAGUCUUCUCCUUCUACCUCACCAGGAAAGGAAGUGGCAGCAACCUAGAGGGCGAACUGUUGCUAGGCGGAACAGACGAGGCGUUGUUCAAUGGACCAAUCAACUGGCUUCCUGUUACUGCUAAGGGAUACUGGCAGAUAAAGAUGGACAGUGUGGGGGUUCAGGGUGCGAGUGCGUUCUGUCCUAACGGUUGCCAGGCGAUUGUCGAUACAGGAACCUCCCUCAUUGCUGGACCGACCAAUGACAUCCUCAUCCUGCAGCAGCUGAUUGGAGCCUCGCUCACAAACAUUGGAGAGUUUAUUGUUGACUGUGUCAGGUUAUCCAGUUUGCCUCAUGUGACUUUUGUCCUGGGAGGAAAAGAGUAUACGCUGACUGCUGAGCACUACGUUAGGAAGGAGAUGCUCGGUGACAGGGAGUUGUGUUUCAGUGGUUUCCAGGCAGUAGACAUAGUUUCCCCCGAGGGUCCUCUGUGGAUUCUGGGAGAUGUAUUUCUGACGGAGUAUUACAGCAUCUUCGACAGAGGACAGGACCGGGUUGGCUUUGCAGCUGCAAGGCAUUGAACCAAACACUAAUCCAUCUAUAUCUGACAGUCUUAUGAUCAAUAAAUAUAUCAAUUAAAA